CAAGCAAACUGAAGUUAUAGAAAAUCUCUAGAUAUAUGUGGAAGAUCCGUACGUAAACUCACGAGUGGCCGAUCCAAAAACGUGGAGAAAACUUGUAAAGAACUGAACAAACACGAACACCCUUUUCCCUCCACACGUACCCAUGGUUAUAUAUAUAGAGGCACUUACGGUUGCAUUUUAAGAGCAUCACAACGAAAGUAUCAGACCCAAAGUAAACACAAAACGAAAACUCAUAUGAAGAAGUUAUAUUCAAAGGGGAUUAGACUCUCGGAGUUGAUGGAGAAGUGGAGAAAGAGGAAGAAAGGGCACUUCACUGUUUACACCAAAGAAGGGAAGAGAUUCGUUUUGCCAUUGGAUUAUCUCAACCAUCCGAUCUUACAAGUGUUAUUGGAGAUGGCUGAGGAUGAGUUUGGGACUACCAUUGAUGGUCCUUUAAAGAUUCCUUGCGAUGGGAGUUUAAUGGAUCACGUCAUCGUGCUUGUGAGGAAAAGUAUGUCCGAUAAAUAUGAUGAUGAUGAUGAUGUGGUGAAGAAGUCAGAGGUUUGUUCCACGAGCACCUGCAAGGGAACUUCAAUCUCUUCUCUAAUACCUCUAUUUCGUGGACAGAGUCAGCUUCGGUCCUUGGUUUCCUAAUAAUUUGUGGGUUAUGUUAUGGACUCGAAGGUGUUGUCGAUAUAUAUACAUGUAAUUUGUUUUUUGUUAACUGGAAUGUAGUGAGUGUAAUCAACCUAAAAUUUGAAAUGUAGUAAAAUGUUAAAUCUACAGUUAUUCAAAUAUGAAAUAAGUUUUUCAAUU